AUGUCAAAAGUAUCCCCAUUUUUUGUCCCCUUCAAAGAGUUAAAUAAAAGCGAGUCCACUAUGAUGGCAACAACGAUGAAAAUUACACAAAAAAUUGGUGAUGAUGAAGUGGGCUUAAUGCUUCCCGAAUUCGGGAGCAUAAUUUGUACCAAUGAAGGAGGGAAAAAUUGUUAUGCAAGUCUAGGUCCGAUCCAAGUUGAUUUUGUUCGGAUUUGCAAGGCUGAUAAACUACCAGAUCCAAAAUCUAACGAAACUCAAGGUAAGUUAACACAUGACCCCACCUUGAUGAUUGUUAAUAGCGGCAAGGCCAGAUUAACAACGUGGUUUAUUCAAGAUAAUGAAAUAAAUAUGGGAUUUACCAACUUCGCAACAGAAAUUUGUGGAAAAUCGAAGAAAUACAAAUCAUUGCCGAGAAAUUCCUGCUUAUUGAUCAUUAUUUCCCGUAAUGCCUUUCCGAUAAUUUUAUUCAAUUUGGUUGCACUUUCUACAAUUUUGUUUAAAAUAUCUUCAGUAAUUAAUAAAAUUAGAGCAUUCUUAAGAUGGCUUAUGAAAUUUGCCAGUAUUUGUAUUUAG